AUGCUCAAAUCUCUCUUGCUCAAGUUCAUCUCAUUUGCACUGAGAACCGUUGAUCGUGUCUUGUUUUAUGUGUUGCGUUUGGUGUUUGGUAGAUCCAUUCUUCCCGAGGAUCUCACAGGAACACACGAUCAUUUGAAAUCAUUUACAGUUGAAGUGGAUGAUGUCAAUUAUAAGAAGGGAGUUGAGACUAAACCACGUCGUAGAGUCGGUUUUGAGAAGGAGUUGAUGUCCACACCAGUGAAAGGUGUAGAUACUUUGACAGGAUUGUUGGAUCAUAUUGCUAGAGAAUAUCCGAACUUACCCAUGCUUGGUCAUCGCCCAUUCAAGAGAAAGUUUACGCAAAGUAUUGAUGGCAAGGACUGGGAAGUGUUUGAAAUGGGUGAUGUCGUCUAUGAAACCUAUCAACAGGUUCAUACAAGAAUUGAACAUCUUGCUCGUGGUAUUGCUCGCUUCACGGGAUUAAAUUCAAAGGAUUUGUUCGGUAUCUUUGAAGAGACAAGAAAAGAGUGGCUCAUGACACUCCACGCAUGUAUGAGAUACAAUAUUACUGUCAUGACUGUGUAUGCCACUCUUGGUGAUGAAAGUCUCAUUGAAGCCAUUAAUGAAUGUCAACUUCAAGCCAUGCUGGUCAACGAGCACAGCUUGAAGAAAUUAUGUCAUCAAAUUAUUCCUCACACUCCAACUUUGAAGUAUUUAGUGUUCACUUCCGGAUGGGAUGCAUCCAAGAACGAUACUGACAAGUGGAUCUCUGAAUUGGAGAAACUUGGUGUGAAAGCCAUGUCCUUCGAGGACGUUGAACAACUCGGAAAGCAAGAAACAAGUCCAAUCAAAGUCAAGGAACCACAAACCAAUUCUAGCUUGGCUGUGGUCAUGUAUACCAGUGGUACAACAUCUAAACCAAAGGGUGUCAUGUUGACUGUGAGAAAUAUUUUGGCAAUUUCUGCUGCUGCUGCUGAAAACAUUCACUGCCCAUCCUUAAAACAUCCAACUUAUAUUGGCUACUUACCACUUGCCCAUAUUUUGGAAAUGGCUGCUGAGCACUAUAUUUUGAGCAGAGGAGGUAAAAUUGGUUACGGAAAUCCUCGUACUCUCACCGACAAGACAUGUAAGCCUGUUGGUGAUUUAGAGGCCAUUCAACCAGCCUUUUUGGCAGGUGUUCCAAGAGUAUAUGACACCAUUCGAAAGGGCAUUUCUGAAAAAAUUAAGGCAAGCUCACCAAUCAUUCAAUGGUUGUUUAAUGUUGCGUAUGAUCACAAGCUUGAAUCACUCUAUGCUGGAAGAGAUACUCCAUUGUUCAAUUUCUUAAUUUUCAGAAAGAUUGCAAAGGCCACUGGUGGUAAACUUAAGGCAUGUCUUUCAGGAGGAGCUCCUCUUUCAAAGGAAUCUCAAGAACACUUUAGAGUUUGUAUGGGAGCUGCCUUUGUGCAAGGUUAUGGUCUUACUGAAACUGCAGCUGCUGGUACAAUCAUGUUACCUGGUGCUCGAUUCGGAACACGUGUUGCUGGUGUUGUUGUCCCUUCUGUUGAAAUUAAACUCAUUUCAGUACCAGAAAUGAAUUAUACUGUGGAUGGACCAGUUCCAAGAGGUGAAAUUGCAAUUCGUGGUAAUGCAGUAGCCAGUGGUUAUUACAAGCAACCUGAAAAGACAAAGGAAGUAUUUUUAAGUGAUGGAUAUUUCUUGACUGGUGACGUUGGUCAAUUCAAUGAAAAUGGUACACUCAGUAUUAUUGAUCGUGUUAAGAAUUUGGUCAAGCUCAGUCACGGAGAAUAUAUUGCUUUGGAGAGAUUGGAAAGUAUUUACUGCCAGUCUCCAUUCGUUGCUCCCAAUGGUUGCAUGGUCUAUGCAGAUAGUUAUUGCAGCUUCCCAUGUGCUAUUGUGAUUGCUCAACCAGGACCAACUAAGCGAUUUGCUGAGGAAAAUGGAAUUAGUGGAACCUUUUCUGAAAUUUGCAAGCAUCCAAAAGUUGAACAACAUAUUUUGAAAUCGUUACACGAACAAGCAAAGAGCUCCAAUCUUAAGAGAUAUGAAGAGGUGAAAGCUGUCAAAGUUUUCGAUGAUGUAUGGUCUCCAGAAAACGAUUUGUUAACUGCUGCCUUCAAAUUGAAGAGAGCCAACAUUGUUCAAAAGUAUCGUGCUCAAAUUGAUGAAAUGUGCAAGACUUUGAUUUAA